CGGCGCGCCCGGGCAGCCUUAAAAAUCCCUUUGAUGCGGUUGCGGGGAAGCGAUCGCUCUCCUCUAAACACCACCUUGCUGCUCGACACUAGACCACGAACAGACAUGUCGCUCACAAAGUCAACGACGGCCUUUGCAGAGGCACCUUGGAUCCAAGGCCUUCCGAGCCCGUACUUUAAGAAGAAGUCGCACAUCGCCCUUCGCGAAUAUGUCAAGAAGUGGGUCGCCGACAACAUGGCCGACGAUGCCGAAGAGUGGGACGACUCUGGGAAUGCCGACCCGGAGCUGUUCAAGAAGUUUGCCCGCGACGGGUUCCUGGUGCCUUUUGCGCUGGGCGUCACGAUCCCCAAGAAGUUCCACGACUUGGCGGGCAACAUCACCCUGCCCGGUGGUGUGCCCGCCGACGAGUGGGACCACUUCCACGACUACAUCCUCAUCGACGAGCUCUGCGGCUGUGGUACGCAGCAGAUGAUGAUGGCCAACUACGGUGGUCUCGCCUACGGAGCAGGCCCCAUCGUCCACUUUGCCUCCGAGGCAAUGCAGAAGCGCUUCCUGCCCGACCUGCUGCUGGGAAAGAAGCGCAUCUGCCUUGCCAUCACCGAGCCCCGCGCCGGCUCCGACGUCGCGGGCCUGGGCACGACGGCCGUCAAGACGUCCGACGGCAAGCACUACAUUGUCAAUGGCGAGAAGAAGUGGAUCACCAACGGCAUCUACUCCGACUACUUUACCACGGCCGUGCGCACGAGCGGAAAGCCAGGCGACCACAGCGGCAUCACCUUCCUCGUCAUUCCGCGCAGCGAGGGCCUCGAGACACGCAAGAUGAAGAUGAUGGGCGGCGGCGCCUCGGGCACCACCUACGUCACCUUUGAGGACGUCAAGGUCCCCGUUGAAAACGUCGUCGGCAAGGAGGGCGAGGGCUUCAAAUACAUUAUGUGGAACUUCCUACACGAACGCAUGACCAUCUGCUACGUCGCCAUUCGCCUCUGCCGUGUGUGCCUCGAAGACUCCGUGGAGCACGUCAAGAGGCGCAAGGCCUUCGGUAAGCCUCUGAUUGAGCAGCCCGUCGUGCGCCACAAGAUUGCAAACAUGGCUCGCCAGACCGAGGCUCUGCAAGCCUUCAUCGAGGCCAGCAUCUACCAGUACAGCCAGCUGUCGACAGCCGAGUCCAACUUGAAACUCGGUGGCACGACUGCGCUGCUCAAGGCCCAAUCGACCAUCACGCUCGAGUAUGUGGUGUCGGAGGCGGUCAUGCUCUUUGGCGGCAUGGGCAUCACAAAGGGCGGCGCGGGCGAGCGCGUCGAACGCAUCUUCCGCGAGUUCAAGGCCCUCUCCAUCCCUGGUGGCAGCCAGGACGUGAUGCUGGACCUGGGCGUGAGGCAGCAGCUCAAGCUCAUUGAAGCGCAAAGGGCAAAGAGCAACCUGUAGCGUGUUUUCUUCUACUCUCGUUACCCCUCUAGCAAAAAUGUGCUCCCUCUCCUGAUGACAGAGAAAAAUAAAACAAUGAAGGAACAA